AUGGGAACUGCCAUCAACUCCCGCGAGAGAGAGGGGCCAAUCCUCUCGGUUGCCCCAAUGCUUGCGGUGACAAAUACGCACUUCAGAAGUUUUAUGCGGUGCUUCACGAAGGAGGCACAGCUAUGGACUGAAAUGGUCACCGAUGGUGCAAUUUUGCACAACUUGGAUGGGCUGCAACAGAAUCUUGGUCUGCGAGAUGUCGAGCAUCCGAUCGUCUGCCAACUGGGAGGUUCAGAUCCACGCGCGUUGGCCGAAGCUGGAAGACAUGUUGAGCAGCUAGGAUUUGAUGAAAUUAACUUGAAUGUUGGUUGCCCGAGCAACCGCGUUGUUAGUCAAGGCUGUUUCGGCGCUGCAUUGAUGAAAACGCCGGAGCUUGUUCGAGAUAUCGUUCACGAAAUUGGAAGGCAAGUACAAAUUCCCGUUACAGUGAAGACACGCAUUGGGUACGACUCCUGUGACUCCCGUGAUUUUCUGAGAAACUUCGUUGAGACAGUCGCUGCGGGCGGUUGCCGACAUUUCGUUGUCCAUGCUCGAAAAGCGUGGCUGAAGGGAGUUGAUCCAAAAAAAAACCGCUCCGUUCCGCCGCUUCUUUACGGACGGGUGUAUGACCUUUGUGACCGCUUUCCGGAGUUGGAUUUCUCCCUAAAUGGGGGCGUCACAUCAAUUGAACAAGCUCUUGAUCUUACAGCGGGGAGAUGGUCGGACGGCACGGCCGAGAUGGACGCGAUUCUGCGGCGGAUAACCAAGGACGGAGCGGUGAAGCCGCUGAAAGGGGUGAUGAUAGGGCGUGCUGCAAGCAAUGACCCGUGCAUCCUUGCGAGCGUCGACACGGAUUUUUACGGUACCAAUGUCAAUCCGCCGACCACAGGCUGUCGUCGAGCAAUUCUAGACGCGUACAGAGAAUACCUUAUCCAAUGCACCGACGAUGGAGGUCAUAGUCUGUUUUCUCUGCUGAAACCGGUGCUAGGCGUGCUAAAUGGAAUGCCUGGACACAGGCUGUUCCGGUUCACGUUAGAUCAUUUGAUGAGAGACAAAACUCGCGAGUGGACUGCGGAAGAGGUCCUCUCGCAUAGCAUGACGGUGAUCGAGGAAGCGUUCCCAGGCGUCCUCGAAUAUCCUCUUCGGCGCCCCAAACAAUGCCGGUACGAGGAGAUCGCGACCAAAAAAGCGGAGGUGACGGAGACGGCGGAUCUUGACCAUGCCACAAAUUCUUCAUCACCCCAAGGUGGUACAACCGUCGCCACAUCGGUAAUUGUGUGA